GCUUUCUCCGCGAUCAUUGGACGUUCUUGGAGAAUCUGUUCUAUCCCAACUACCUAUUGGCUUCUAUGAUUCCAUGCAGGUAUGGCAAAAUUCUUCCCCCGCUGCACUGACGUUCACUUCAAACGAUCUAGAUCCUGAUCACACCGAAAAACAAUACCUCGGAGGUUGUUGCGAAGAUCAGGCAUUAGUUUCUGCACUUUAUGAGGAGAUUCAAGGAUCAACUGAAAUAUUUUUGAACACCAGCUUGGACUCAUUUGAUACCGGUGACUCGAAUAACUUAGCUACUGUGAAGACCAAACAAGGAGACGAAUUCAAAACCGCUUUGUUAGUUGGUGCGGAUGGAGGUAACUCUUGGGUGAGAAGAACGGCAGGAGUUUCAAGAAUAGGAGGAGACUAUGACCAACAUGCUCUUACAUUUACCGUUGCUCUCGAGAAUCCGACGUCGAUGAACGGGCGAGCAUUUCAACGCUACCUUUCCGAUGGUGGUCCAUUGGCAUUACUUCCCACUUAUUCUGCAAAUCAUGCUGUAAUCGUGUGGAGCACAUCGCCAGGAAACAUAGCGCGAUGGAAAAACGCUUCAGAGGAGGAUUUGGUUCAGCAUUUGAAUGAUUGCCUGCUUGAGGGACCGCAACGCAUUCCAUCUUUGAUAGAAGAGGUGGAGAAUUCGAAAUUUUCAAAUGAAAAUAGCGUACUCUCAAAUAUUUUAUAUGGAGCGGAGCGAGUACUGGAUACCGUUCAUUAUGGCCUUGCGAUGGCGUCACAGCAAUCGCAGUCUUCGUUUCGGGUUCCACCAACAAUAUCAACUAUUGCAUCUCCCAAAUUUACGUUUCCACUCUCCUGUUAUAACGCCACCACAUUUGUUAAAGAGCGCGUUGCACUUGUUGGCGAUGCUGCUCACACUGUACAUCCCAUGGCUGGUAAGUCAUUUUGAUUUCCUACACGGAGAACUCGCGUGAACGCUGUCCUUAUUCUGUUCGGUUCGAAUAUCAUCUCAUAAGCGCUGCUUUUGCAACAGGUCAAGGCUUAAACCUAGGACUUGGAGACGUUGACGUAUUAGUUUCAUGCCUCAAAAAGGCAAACGAUGCAGGAAUGGACCUAUCUUCAUUCCUCAAUGAAUAUAAUUCAAAUCGCCAU